AUGGCCCCGCGGGUGCCCGCGGAGCCGCUGUGGCUGCUGCUGCUCCUCCAGCUGUGCGCCCACGGCCGCUUCGGCCGUGCCUCGCUGCCGCCCCGCAGCUGCCCCGCCGCCUGCAUCUGCACCUCGGACCUGCUGAGCUGCAGCCGGCAGACGCUGCAACGCGUGCCCGGGGCGCUGCCGCCCACCGCCACCACGCUGGACCUGAGCCACAACGCCCUCACCCAGCUCCACGACCGCUGGCUGGCCGCCCUGCCGCACCUCGAGGCCCUCCACAUGAGCCACAACCAGAUCAGGGACCUCUCGCCGCGGGCUUUCCACAACGCCUCGUACCUGCGGCACCUGGACAUGUCGUCCAACCACCUGCACGCCGUCGAGACGCACUACUUCGAGGCGCUGGUGAGCUUGGAAGAGCUGCUGCUCUACAACAACCGCAUCGCGCGAGUGGAUGAAAACGCCUUCGUCAAGCUAAGCGGCCUGAGGAAAGUUUACCUGAGCUGGAACAACCUGACCACCUUCCCCUUCCGCUCUGUGCAGGGGCUGGGCAACUACAGCCUCCGCACGCUGGACCUGUCCUCCAACAGCCUGAGCAGCAUCCCCGUGGAGGAGCUGGCAUCUCUGCCCGAAAACAUCGGGAACGGCUUGUACCUGCACAACAACCCCGUGAGGUGCAGCUGCCCGCUCUACCUGAUGCUCCAGCGGUGGAAGCAGCGCGGCUUCAGCUCCGUGAAGGAUUUCUUCGAGGAGCACACCUGCAAGGUGUCCGACACCGUGCCCCGCUCGCUGAUUAAGUUCCUCAAGUACAGCCACAUGUUCGAGAACUGCUCGGCCGGCCCCGAGGACAUGCGCCCCGUGCCCUUCCCGGUGACCGUGGGCCAGGCCCUCCUGCUCACCUGCAACACCAGCCUGCCCGACGUGGUCACCACCUACAUGUGGAUCUCACCUCACCAUGAGCCCAUCAAACACCCAGGGAACAGCAACCGCUCCGUGGAGGUGUACCGCAACGGCAGCCUGAAGAUCGCAGCAGCCAGGCCCUGGCACUCGGGGGUCUACGUGUGCUUGGCCAUCAGCAGCCCCCACAAUUUCAGCAGGAUGUGUGAGGUCAACGUGACAGUCCACUACCCCAAGCCAGACGGGGAGACCUUCAGCACUGGCCUCACAACGCUGCUGGGGUGCAUAGUGAGCCUGCUGCUCGUGCUCAUUUACUUGUAUCUCACGCCCUGCCGCUGCCUGCCAUGCUGCAAGAAGCCGGCCCCUCUCAGCCCCCCGCAGGAGUGCAGUGCCCAGUCCUCCAUCCUCAGCACCACGCCGCCCGCCACGGACGGGACAAGCCGCAAGGCCAGCGCCAACAAGCACGUGGUCUUCCUCGAGCCCAUCCGGGAGGCGCAGAACGGCAAGGUCCGCCUGGCCCUCGGCAAGGAUUUCCCCGACCCCAAGCACCCCAAGGUCCUACAGCUCAAGUCGGACUCGGAGUCCAUCAGCUCCGUCUUUUCGGACACCCCCAUCGUGUCGUAGCAGGGCAGGGCUAGGAGGAGGCUGGUGCCUCCCCAAGAGCUGUUUUCCUCCGUCGCUGCUCAAAGCAGGAUCAUCGGGCACCCCAAGUUCUCAGCUUGACUGCGCCCUGCGAGGGUGACCGGCAUCACCCGUGACCGCUUCAGCCACGAGCCCCUCGUGCCCGCCAGCACCCAGCAGGAGCUCCUCGCGUAAGCCACCGGCAACGGCCUCUUUAGCACAAGGGUAACGCUAACGAACCCAGCACGCCCGAGAAACCCCCGCUUUGUCCUGGCAGCCAAACUCCCCGGCAGCGGCACAGGGGCUGGAUUUCUGCCACGGCCAUGGGAACGCGGGGCCCAGCCCAGUGCCAUUGCCCUGGGCACCCUCGGCACUGUCCCUGGGGGGCAGCGCCACUGUCCUCUCCCCACCCGCGCCAGUCCCCAUCUGCGUGCCAUGGUCUGGAGCAAGGGCAGCGUGUCCCUGGGGCAAGCCCCCCCUGACACCGCUGGGCCCGUGCACGCACCCAUCAGCCAGGGGGGUUGGGAUGCGUCCCCUUCCCUAAGGCAGCUGUGCAGGGAGGAGGGGGCUCAGCUCCCGGCGAGACAUGCAGCCGAGCGAACGGCGCAAGCUUUUGCUUCUUAACACUCACGAGAAGCUGUAAAUAGUGAAGACAGGCAUGCACAAAGUGACGUGAUGCAGCGCCCCGACCCGCAUUGCUCAGAGCUCCCCAUGCCACCAAGGACGAUGAGGUCUCAUGCACCACCCGCCCUGCUCUGUUUCUCCUUGAGACGGACAAAAGCGCUGCUCAAGCACAGCAAAUAGCAGUAAUCUAAUAAGCCCAUCGAUAAAUGUGAGUAAUCUCCUCUCUUGGGUCAUAAUUCUC